CCUAGCCUCGAAAGCGCAUGUGGACUUGGCGCAUGCGGAUUUACUCCCUCCACCACAUUAUCUGAAAAUGGCGGGCGUAGAGGAGUUGUACAAGAGCUUUGGGGUCCUUGCAGAUGCUGGAGAUAAAAUAUCCGAGCAUGAAGAUGCAUAUAAAGCUAUAAUCGAUGGAGUAAAAGGAGAUGCACCCCAAAAGAAGCUUGCUUGCCAGUUUAUUCCACGCUUUUUCAAGGACUUUCCAAAGCUUGCUGAACAAGCAAUUGAUGCACAACUUGAUCUUUGUGAAGAUGAAGAUGCAGUAAUUCGUAGACAAGCAAUGAGAACACUUCCAGAUUUCUGUAAAGAUGAUGCUGACCAUGUGACACGAAUUGCAGAUAUUCUAACACAGCUACUGCAAACAGAAGAUGAAGUUGAAUUAGCAAUUGUGAAAAGUGGUUUGGUAUCAUUGAUCAAGAAGAACCCAAAAGGUGCUCUCGGUGGUAUUUUUUCACAGAUUGUAAGUGAAGAUGAUGUUGUAAGGGAAAAAGCAAUAAAGUUUUUGAACUACAGUGUUCAGCUGUUGCUGAAAGAAGUCUUCCAUCCAAAUCCCGACAUGGAAAUGUUUCUUUUUGAAGAAAUAAAAAAGACAAUGAGUGAUGUCACUGGCGAUGAGUUCAAAUCAUUUAUGGCAGUUGUUUCAAAACUGAAGUCAAUAGUCAGCCAACCGCAAAAUCUUGCUGAUGUCAUUGCAGAGCAGGCAGAAUUAGAGAAGAGUUUUGAGCCAUCAGACAUUGAUUCGAUAGAUCGUUUGAUCACAUGCACAAGACAGGCGGUGCCCUUUUUCAAGAAGGGAGCAUCGUCAGAGAAGUUCUAUGAUUAUCUGGUAAAGAACGUCUUACCUGUCAUCAAUGAAGUUGCUCAAACAGGUGAAAUGGGCGACUUCCGACUUGAGCUGUUGAAGUUGUUUGUCGAAGUAUCCCCCUAUGUCACAGAGGAUCAAGCCAAAGAAUCAAUUGAUAUUAUUUUCAAUAAAUUGAUUGAUUACAUGCCAGCACCUCCGACCGACGAGGAAGAAGAUAAAGAGGCUGCAGAUGAUAAAGAAAUAGAGGCUGAGAAGAAGUUGAAUUUCUCAUACGUUGAGUGUCUUCUUUUCACUUUUCACCAGCUCGGCAGACAGGACGAAGAGUAUCUAUCGAAAGAAGAAGCAGCCGAAAAAUUAAAAGAUUUUAGAUCAAGGCUACAAUACUUUGCAAGACAAUUACAAGCGUACAUAAAACAGUUGAGAGUGGCAUUACAGGGGAAAACGGGUGCAGAACUGGAGGAGGCAGAAAACAAAAUCAAAUGUCUAGCUUUAAAAACAACAAACAACAUCAAUGCCCUUAUACGAGAUCUGUUUCACAACCCGCCAUCUUACAAAAGUGUCAUUAUUCCGUCAUGGAAGGCUCCUAAUCCAUCUAUCCCAGAAACAGUCGAUGAGAGACGAAAGAGGGCUGGAAUAACCCCGGUAACAUUUGAAGGUUCGCCGACCACAAAGAAGAAGAAUUCAUCAGAGGUAUACACGCCACCCAGCCGAAGGAAUGGAUCUGCAACAAAGUCUCCAAAUUGGUCAGGGGGUUACGGUCAGAGCAAUUAUAGGAGAGGGUUCGGAAGGCAGCGACGAGGACGAGGGCGUGGUCGAGGAAGUCGCGGGGGAGGCUACAGUGGGUUUUUAUAUCGGUAAUUAGAGAGGUGGAAAAAUCAGUGCAGUUGCUUCGAAUUAAAGGAGUUGUCUGUUGUUUGCCCUGAGUUUUGAACUUUUGCCAUCAGCCGUUUUCGCCUGCAGAGAGGUUGUAAAUGCAGCUAAGUGGUACGUCGUUGAAAGGUGAUGUUGUGAGAAUAUAUCGAAUCUUUUGUCACCAAAGUGCUUAAUUUUGGAAGAUUCUUAAAGCAAUGGCGGGAGAUACUACGUCAAAAGCCAGCUGAAAGUGUUUGAACAUUUCUUUUUUUAUCACUUUAUGAAUUAUAUGGACUUUAAAUGGGGGUUAUCUCGUUUUGCGUUUUCCCGUAAAUGUUGCAACAUACCUGAUACCAAUGUGGUUAGGUUCUGUUACUACUCUACGACUUGCAACCCGAAAUCUUGCUUCAAAUGUAAGCCACUCUAAUUUUGAAUAUAACCCAUUAAUUUCAAACAAUUUUAUGGCAACUGCUCCUCUUCCAACCUUUUAUUCUUCUAGAUAAAAAGCGCACAUGUAAUGUAAUACAGGGAUGAUUGCGUAUCAGCUUUUUUCUUCAUUUAAUGUUGUAGAAAACGGACUGUUUAAAUGUAGUUUGUUUUUGUCAAAAGACGUUCAUUCAUUUUAUUGAGUGAAAAACGCUAUUUGAUAUUUUUUGUUGAGCAGUUUCUUUUAUUGAUUAUUAUGAAUAAUGAUUUAGUGCUAUGCAGAAUAUAUGGCCUUGUUUUAUCUUAAAUGUAACGUGUUAACUAUUAAAAAUUAACCAAAUCUUGCUUUGAUGCGGCUAUUAAAGUUCCUAGAUUUCUA